UCCUUCACCGCUUCUUUUUGAACGAGGUUGUUCCGACAGUGCAGAAGGAUGUGUACUACAGCCGGAAUCGGAACGACUUCUUCGAGUAUAGGUUCAUGGCGUGGAUUACGACGAUGCGUGGUCAAUGACUUCGAGACGAGGGGUGGCGUACGACGAUAGCUGGUCAUCCACGAUAAUUUUGGUGACAUGUGACUACCAGCGAUUUUAUCUAGCUGUUUUUACAGUAGAAGAUGCUCAUUUCCAGUUACACAUAGGUCGUAUGCGGUAUUGUGGGCCCGAGAUGUCCGGAUGAAAAGUUGGGUUUCAUCUCCAGCGACAUGACUCCAGUAGCAGUUCUGCAAACCAUCAUAGUUUUUGUGAGUACCAAGAGGUCGCAGUACGUUGAGCCAAACUCGGCCUACACUUCACUUCGAGUCUUGUAUCGUGUCCCACACGUAAACUGUCAGCUAUGUGCGUACGUUCUUCGUUACGACGAAGCCGACUGCCAUGUCGUGAUUCGAUCUGUAGCAAAACUGUGGGGUCUUGGAAAUAAAUGCAUGUGCGUAAAGAAGUACAAAACUUGUUUUGACGUUGUUCAUGGGCUUUUCGUAGAAAUCAUGGCGAGCCGUGGCCUUUGGCGUGAGUUUCAAAUCCCGGCAACUCGGAAGCGAAAGGCAUAUCGAUACCAGCUUAUCACAACGACUUAUCGUUACACGCAUGUUUGUCCGCUUGAGUAUAUCACGAAGUGUAUGGCAAGGCUUGGUGUAGGAGUCUGGUUGCCUGUUAUCCUUGGGAUCUCGAAGAAUUCUGACGUAGCAGAUACGCAAUUGGCUUACCAGCUUGCAUGCAACGGCAUGGUGCCGUAUGACCACGACGCGCACUAUUUGAUGGAAGGAAUGAAAUUUACAAUGGCAUGCUUUAAUCUUCUCUUUGACCGACAGUGCCCUUACUCCCAGAGAUUAGACGGCUGAUGAUCGAUGUCCAUGAGUGAAAAUACGAUGCGUUUGACGGCUCGGAAAAGUGAAGUAAUCUCUUGUUCUUGUUUUGGAAAAGGUGGAAGAUACGACCAUGACACUAGAAGCCUGGAUAUAACUUUUGGUGAUCGGAUCUUUAGAUGGAAAGAAUGCGGAUGUAUUCGGGGUAGGUUAGUAUGCCUCCCAAUAUGUUGUUCGUACUUUCCAAAGACUCUGCACGA